GGGCGGGAGGAUCCGGCGGCUCUGCCCGCUGCGUGUCGGGCGCCAUGGAGCCGGCGGCCGUGCUGCGCGUCAAGCGGAAACGCGGCGGGACGGAGCCGGCCGAGGCGCUGCUCCUGGCCUGCAAGCGGCUGCGCACCGAGUGCGGCGGCGCCCAUUUGGUGGAGAAGAACCUCUUCAAGCUCGUAGCGACUGUGUCCUCCAAGAAUGAACCAGUUCAGAAGUAUGUUCAGGGAGUGAUCACUCGAGACAAAGCAGCUCAAAUUCUGCGACCCUCUUUAGGAAGCACUCAGCGAAUCCUUCGGGAACUCCGCUCUUCCAAGGAAGUGGCAAGGAAGGAAAACCGGUACCGUGUGAUCGCCAGCCAUCGGCCUCACUGUGCUGAAACAGCUGAACCCCUCAUCAAUGCUGAGGCAUCAGCUGAUGGUGACAGAUCGGACUCUGAAGCCACUGAAGAUGCUUCGCAAACGGAGAGCGGUGCUGGGGAUAAGAGUUCAGACUGCUUUGGAAAAUUCCAGUUAUUUGAUAUUGUACAAGAAGAGGAGGUGGUGGGAGACUCCAGUGUAACUGCUGCAAAGCCACAGAAGACUGAUCCAGAUGUGAUUCUUUGCAAUGCAGUAGAGAUGAUCCGUGAGCGUUUAAAUGUUUCUGAAGAUGAUAAAAAAGUAGAACACUGUGAGAAAGAAAAUGAGUAUGUUUAUGACAUCUACUGCAUGGAAACAUCAGUCCCUGGGUGGAUCCAAAAUAUCCUUACUGUACAGCCCUAUACAGAAGAUUAUGAACUGGUAGGUGAUGAUCAUGUUCCAGGGGAAGUAUAUGAAGAUGAAGAUGAUGAAAAUGAUGAAAAUAACUGGCGAAAUGAUUAUCCUGAUGAAGAUGAAUUCUUGCCUGAAGAAGAUGGUGAUGGAGAAAGAGAGUCUGAAGAGAGCUUCAGUGAUGAGGAGCAAUGUUACAGAAGAAGAACUUGGAACAAAUACCAACAGGAGGUUCUACGGGAAUUUGGAUAUGAUGAAAUCCAGGAUUUGGAUUCUGACUAACAGCCUUUUUCUGAAGAUGAUAUUCUACUGUUGCAGGAGAUCUGAAUCAACAUCCACUGAUGGCUAUUUGUAAGAACAGUGAAUUAAGAAAAAAAAAAGCAACAAAACAACACAAAAAAACCAAACCAUGGAAAACUCUUUCAGUAAAAGUUGUGCUCAUUGCGACAGUAGGAAACCAGUCUUUAUUGGGGUGAGGUCUAAGCUAAAUUCUUGCCUCUGUGGCCCUGUGGAAUUAUUGGUGACUAGAAUGGCUCACCCUCAUGCCUUCUGACUAGGCUUGAAUGUUAGAUACUAGACUGGGAUUCCAGGAACCACUAAAACCUUUUACUAACUUGAGCAGCUGACUUCAGCUGGCAGCUGUUAAAUAGAUGAGUGAAUAUGCAGUUCAACAACACAAACUUUCAUUCCAAGCAAAAGAUAUUAAAUGCUGUAAAGACACCUUUUCUGCCCAGUCUGUGAUGCUGAAGUUCUGAAGGAACUUUUAAAAAAUUAUUAUUGCUAAAGCUGCAUGCCCAAGUGUUUGUACCUGUACCAAUGAUACCUUCAUGUUAUAUAUGGAGGUACUGUUGGCAGCAGCCCUUCCUGUCAUGACUGGUGUAUCACAUCUCAGAAGAUCAAUAUGCCUGUUGUGGUAGCAACUGAAGGUCCUGGAAAAAGAUACUCUCUCCUAGUGCUUUCUACUGUAUUUGUUCCUAGGUUUCAGGUUGCCUUCUUUAGAAGUGUUUGAGCAUAUGAAAUGCCUUGAUCUGUUGUUGCUGGAGAUCUCACCAGUAAUUGUAAUAUUGGAGUAGAACAGUAUAUAUGCUUUACAUUGUAAAUAAAGAAUUUUAAACUAAA